AUGAAAACUGCUGUACUCUUCGGUAUCUUCUUCGUGGGCUACACAUCAGCCUAUGUGCCGGUGGAGACCUUCUACCACGAGAAUGUGGGAAUACCCCUAGCUAAAAGUAUUAGGGCUGCGGAGACUGCAAAGCUUGACUCAAGUGUCCAGCCAGACAAUGCUGCAAGGAUAGUUGGUGGGGCCAUUUCGCCAUCAAACGCACAUCCUUAUUUGGCUGGUCUUCUCAUCACCUUCAUAAACGCCGUCGGUACUUCGGCGUGUGGAUCAUCGCUUCUUUCAGCUAACAGGCUAGUCACCGCCGCCCACUGCUGGUUUGAUGGCCGCUUCCAAGCUAACCAGUUCGUUGUGGUUCUCGGCUCAAACACGCUGUUCCACGGUGGUGUUCGUGUCACUACUCGUCAAGUUUUUGUACAUCCUCAAUGGAAUCCCACCCUUUUGAACAACGAUGUGGCAAUGAUUUACCUACCUCACAGGGUUACUCUGAACAACAACAUCAAGCCCAUCGCUCUGCCUAACACCGCCGAUCUGAACAACCUAUUUGUUGGCCAAUGGGCGGUCGCUGCUGGAUAUGGAGUAACUAGUGACGCGCAAACUGGUAUCUCGGUAAAUCAGGUGAUGAGCCAAGUGAACCUGCAAGUGAUCACAGUGCAACAGUGCAUGGCCGUUUUCGGUAGCAACUUCGUGAGGAACUCAAACAUCUGCACGAACGGAGCUGGCGGUGUCGGUAUUUGCCGCGGAGACUCCGGCGGACCACUUUUGUUGAACCGUAAUGGUGUACUAACCUUAAUCGGUAUCAGUUCUUUCGUAGCCCAGAACAGAUGCCAGGACGGAUUCCCAUCUGCUUUCGCCAGAGUUACAAGUUUCAACAAUUUCAUCCGCCAGCAUUUAUAA